AUGAGGCUGGACCGCGGGCGGCGAGCUUCUCUGGCGCUCACGCUCAACUUCGUGGCCUUUGCGUUCGCCUUGUCGGCGGUGACUACCAGCUACUGGUGCGAGGGCACGAGGAAGGUGGCCAAGCCCUUCUGCACGGGCCCGCCGGUGAAAAUGAAGCAGUGGUUCUGCAUCCGCUUCAACAGCUCCGACGUCAACGACACGCGCAUGGUGCAGUACAUCUUUGAGACGGGGGAGGAGAAGUUCCUGCUGAGGAGGUUCCACGCUGGCAUUUUCUUCUCGUGUGAGCAGGCGGCCGACAUGAACGGAUUUGACUGUCGAGAUUUCUCGGAGAUUGCGCCUGAACAUGAACGAGGAGUCCUGUGGUUGUGCAUCGUGGCAGAGACUCUGUACCUCUCCCUGCUCUUCACAGGGGGCGCUCUCAUGACUCUCGAGCAGUUUCCGUGUUUCAGCAUCAUGAACAAACUGAAGCUCAGUGCCUUCGCCGCUCUGUGCACCGUCCUGUCAGGUCUUUGUGGGAUGGUGGCCCACAUGAUGUUCACCACCAUAUUCCAGCUGGCUGUUGCUAUGGGACCAGAGGACUGGAGACCAAAGACCUGGGACUACAGUUGGUCUUAUGUGUUGGCGUGGGGCUCGUUUGGCACCUGCAUGGGUUCGGCCGUGACGGCGCUCAACAGGUACACGAAGACCGUCAUCGAGUUCAAAUACAAGCGGCGGAACAUCGAGAAGAGUCUGAUGGUCGAGCGGAGGAUGAUGCAGCUUCCUGAGCACAUGUGGGACGUGUACCUGACCGCUGACGCCGAGGUGCCGCCGCCGCCGCAGCAGCUGCUGCACGUCAACGGCCACAAACCGUCCACGGGGACGACGUACGUGGUGGAAAUGGAUGGUGCAUCAGAGCAGCAGGGGGAGGAAUACUGCUGAGUCACCGUCCUCUGUCCCUGCUGCCAUGGAAACGUUUUCAGGACAGUUUUGUUUUUCUGGAAAUAAUGAUUUUUGAUGACUUCUCAUUCAGGAUUGUUUUCAUCAGUUUAACUCGGGUCUGUGUCCCUGUACG